CCUCAAACUUCAACCAAAUCCCAUAUCUUCCUCAACCCUUCCCCUACUCUCCUUGACCAUCGGAUCAAUAUUCAAAUUGAAUUUGAUCCGCCUGGUUUGUGACACUCGAGUUUCAUAUUUUAACACGUGACACUGUUCAUGGACAAGAUACAAGCAUUGACGUCUGAUAAUGCGAUCGUUGUUUUCACCAAGAGCAGCUGCUGCUUAUGCUACGCAGUGACCAUUUUGUUCCGAGAACUUGGGGUCACACCACUGGUUCAUGAGUUAGACAAUGAUCCUGAGGGCUGGAAGAUUGAAAAGGCUCUUAUGAGCCUAGGAUGCAGUUCCCCUCCUGUGCCAGCUGUAUUCAUAGGGGGUGACCUUGUUGGGUCCACCAACGAGGUCAUGUCACUCCACCUCAGAGGCAACCUCAUCCCAAUGGUCAGGCCAUACCAGACACUCGCCUAGAGUAUCUAAAAUGUAAUCUGAAGAAAUAAGUUUGGGUCAGGACCAUCACUGGUGUAUGCAGCGCGCAGUUUGUUUUACUAUUUGCUUAGGUCUAAUUAGUGUAAAUGUAGAAUAAUACUAUCAGUAGCUUUUAGGUUAUGAUUUUAGGUGUUUUAUUUGAUCAUUUCAAAUGUGUUUGAUGAAAGGACAUGGUUGUCCUUGAUAUAAAUGUGAUUGUGAAGUUUAUAUAUAUAAUGCACUCGACCGUUAUAUAUAUUUGCAGCAA